AUGAAGCUCCUGCGGACGCUUGCCGUGCUCCUGCUGCUGCCAGCGGUGGUCGCCCAGGACUGCUCUCUGAUCCGCAGCCGCCGCGGCGAGGAUGAUGAGGACCCAGAUGCCCCGCCGGACUUCGAUGAGCUGCUGGGUGAGAUCGACGAGAACAAGGAUGGCAAGAUCUCGUGGGAGGAGAUGUUCGGAAGUGAUGCUGAUGUCCCGGAUGGAGAGGAGGGCAUGCCAGCAGACAUCAAGGAGAAGUACCAAGCGGUGUACAAGGAAUGCGAUUCCGACAACGAUGGCCUCAUCAAUCGCGAGGAGCUGCCGACGCUCUUUAGCAAGCUGACAGCCAUGGAGGAAGAAGAGGGCAUGCACGAUGAGAAGGAUGAAGUGUGA